AAUUGUAGAAAUUAAAAAUCCUGAUACACUGUAUCGUCCAACUAUGUUCAUUCAAGUUCACAUUUAAUAAAGAAUUUUUUAAUAUGUGCACUUAUGUAUACUAUAAUUUAAAUGUAGGCCUACCAGAGGUUUUACAAAGAGGGGGGGGGGGGGGGGGGGUGAGGUUUAUAUACUACGGAUUUCUAUAAGGUAAGUGACCCAGGCCUCUCUCGAUUUCUAAGAAAAUUUUUUCUUCAAAACAUUCUAACAAGGAGAGAUCAAAAUCAGGAUUUAAUGCAAUGUUAGGUGAAAGCAUAAAACUUAUGUGUCAGCAUUUGUAAUACUACAAUUAUUCAUUAUGAUAUUUCGUAUCGUAAUUAUACGUGUUAAAUUAACGAUGUCUAAAUAGCAUCUAUAGGUGUCGUUUCCGGAGUCAAUGCGACUUAUACUGUUUACGCAGCAAAAUGAAUGCUGCAUAUGCAAAGAAUGCUUACAUUUCUAAAAACUAACUCGUAUAUCUUGCAAUUAAACUAGAAAACUAACGAGGGAUAAAGAAUUAUGGCCAGCGUAUCGAUGAUAAAAGGAAGGGAAAUGUAGCGAUGUAUGGUAUCGGGUCUACAAUGAAUUCCUUGGAUGCGCCGCAGGAGGGUUAUAAGAAGUCGGGUAAGGAGCAAGAGUGGGGAAGUUAAGAACAAGUUAAGGAGGGGAGAAGCGUAGAGAUCUGCAGGCGACGCUUCGUAAGCAGAUUCAUUUGAUUUUCAGUCACGUAUUCUUGAUUCGGUCGGUUCGUUUAUGAGUCGGUUCUACGCUCGGACUCACGCAUAGGCAUUCAUAAUUCGUACUUGCUGGCAUCUUGAUCGCAUGACCGAUAACCGACACGGCACCAAGGGAGGAAUGAACAAGCAGGUGUAUUAAAAAAUAAAUAAAAAUAAAAAGAUAAAACGCAAGCGAUGACUACUGUAAAGUAGAUCACGGUGCGAGACUCUACUCCUGUUAAAAGGCGUCGAGCCAAUUACCAGUGAAUCAGACUCAAUUAAAAGGCGAGCAACAAUCGUCACAAUGACUGCUGCUUACGCGAACGAUCCCAUAACCCAGGAACAGAACGUAGAGAAGAAGACGAGCGUGUUAGCCAAUAAAACAUUGCACAACGCGAAAGAGCAAACGGCACGCGAGGAUAAUAACGAAAUUACUUGUGCAGAAAUGAUGAGGCUUGCAACAGGUGGCCAGAAUCGAGAGGAAAUAUCCGUUAAUCAGGAGGAACCCACGCUUUGUGUAUCGGCUGAUACAACUGCGUUCGAUGAACAAAAAGACACGGAUGCCCCGGAAUGCAGGAAACAUUCCGAGGACGGUGAAUUUUCGGAGAGAAACGAAAAUAUUGUAGCUAUGGUCGACGAUGAUCAAGAUGCAAUCGUCGAGCCGACCGAAAUGAAAAACAGUGAAGUGUCGGUGAACGGUGAAUCGAGUGCAGCAAAGUCGAGUUCUGAUUCGAUCGUAUCAACAGGACUGGACGGGGCUGCCACCGAAAGUGAUACCGAAAAUGCAAUGUCGGAAACACGUGGAACUGAUCUGUCCUUGAACGAUAAUUUUAAGAUACAGGAAUUACAAAAUUCCAUCAAGAGCAUGUUUACAGAAAUGGCGAACUUUACGAUCAAUUACGAGGUACGGAACGGAUCGUCGAGAGGUGUUGAUUUUCAAAACGACGCGGAGGAAAUUUAUGAUCCAGAAAGCGAGCUGAAUUUCCAUGAGGCCGUGCGCGCUGGCGACGCCAAGAGCGUCGCAGCGCUUCUUACAAAAGACACUGUACAAAACCUGGACGAACCGGAUUGGAAUGUUUCAGGUGAUCCACCCCUGCUAGUGGCCGCUACUAAUCAUUGUUUGCCCAUCCUAAGUUUGUUGCUUGCGAACGGAUGCGAUCCAGCUGUGCGUUCCCCUCGCGGCGAAACGGCGCUUCACAGAGUAAUUUUAAAUGGAGGACCAGGAAACGUAUUAGAAUUUGUAGGAGAGCUUCUGAAAUACGGUUGCCCGCCGAGCGUCAAAGAGGCCGGCGGCGGAUUAACGGCGUUGCACGUAUUAACUCGGCAAUUAGCACAUGCGCAAGGAUCGAAGAACCUUCAUCAUAACUUCGACGCGGCCUUGAAGACGCUUGAUUUAUUAGCGAGCGCCGGCCCUGUCAAUGCGAAAGAUCAUCAAGGCCGCAGUGCACUACACAUUUUAGCCUCUUCCACCAUCUUCGAUAACAACCACAGGACUGAAAUUGAAUCUUUGAUCGGGACUUUGUUGGCUGCCGGCGCGGACCCGGCAUUGAAGAACGACCGAGGAGAGACUCCGCUGCACGAGUGUCUCGAGUGUGGUGCUUUGAACACAGCGUUUUUGUUGGUGUCGCACACGCCUACUGGUAUAAUGUCGCGCUAUGGCGAAACACCGUUGCACAUUGCCUCUAGGAAGAAUUACGCCGACAUGGUAGCGAAAUUGUUGGAACAAGGGGAGGACCCUAGCGUACAAGAUGCAGGUGGUAACACACCGUUGCAUUUAGCCUCAGCAAGAGGUUUUCAUCAGAUCGUUUCCCUGUUAGUCACGUCCCCUCUCGCGCAGUUAGAAAAACUAAACACAGAAGGGUUGACAGCCCUCCAAGUAGCCACGGAAAGCGGCUUUGUUAAUGCGGUGAGAUUGUUGCUGAAAGCGGGUGCAGAUCCAAGCCAAACGGUACACUAUUGUUCGACGACCCUUCAUCGUCAUCCCGACAUUUCUGUUUUAAUAGAUCACGAAUUGAGUAGACGUCGUCAACUGGCCGCUUGAUUAUUUCUGUAUUACUUUUCGUUACUAAAUCGCCAUUUUAAUCAAAUUUAUCAAGUUUCUUUUUUCGUUAGCGACCGAAGCAAAUGCUACUUGUAGCAGGAAAUUGAUUUCAGACGCUCGGUCAACUUUAUUAACAAAUCGAUUGUUUUGUUUACUUGCUACAGUCUUCGAUUAUGCUAUUUGAAGCAAUAAAUUCGAAAUACAUGUUACAAUUUUAAGCGUUCAUUAUUAAUGUUGAAAUUUAUGAUCCUCGGUAAGUGAAACAGUUUGUGUUGAAUCUCAAUGUCAAGGCGUUUAAUACUUUUAGAUAGUUCUUUGAUACUAUAAUUAAGAAAACAUUAGUUUGACGUUUGUUAAUCAUUCUACGCGGUUUAUGUAAUUGUUAAGUUUAGAUACUAAAAUAUCUUUUAUAUUGAAAUUAUAUAAUCUUCUUGAAUAUUUAUAAAUCAUUGAGUCUAACAUAUUCUAUUUACAUAGGGAAUUAUGUAACUUUGUUUAGGUAAUGUUAGAACAUCUCAAUGAUUUUCAACUAUUCCAAAAUCUGAAGUACAAUUUAACUUCAUCGAAUAUACACGAGUUCUUAUUACAAAAAUUAUAUUGCCAUUUGUAUGGGCUGUAUGGACUCCUCUUUGUUGACAAAUUACAGAUAUUAGUAUAUGCUUA